AUGACGAAGUGGCGCCGCGCCCUUGCACAUGUGGCUAAUUACUGCAUUGAGAACCGAAUGAAGACACCGCUGGGAAAGCCAAUGGAUACUUUCAACAAGAUUGGAGGUGAGUUGCUGCGACUGGCUAAGGAGGCUAUGAUGACAUCUUCGGCCACUGUGAAAUCGUCCAGCAGUUCUCGCGGAACUGCGUCAUCUGCUCGUGAAAAAUCUUCAAAAGACGAAGAAGAUGGUUUAGAUAUAGGAGAACCAAGGGUCAUUUCUGCAGCAGAAGAAUGGUGGCGUGUACGUUGUCUUCUAGAGUUUGUUGAGAUACUUGAAAAACUUAUGUACUAUGUUAACAACGGAACAAUGUUUCCAAUUUGCAACGUAUCUGUGGUUAUCCGCUUCGGCGCAUCGGCCUUGAUUGACUUGGAAAAAAAGCAGGCGAAAGCUGAGAGCAUGUUAGCGGAAGGUGAAGCAACUCCUCCAGCAACUAGUCAAACUAUGGCAACCCUCUGCUGGAUGGCGCGUUCCAUGGCUGAACUUGGCGCAGAGCAGGCAGUUCACGGCUUAUCUAUCUGGGUUCGCCGGAUUUACCAUAUGGACAUGCCCUUCCUUGGAGCUAUAGCGGAAAUUGCAGCAGCCAGAUAUGAGCGCUCAUUAAUACUGUUGCGCAAAUGCAUUGAAGACGAAACCUUGUCGGAUACUCUUCGGGGAAUGCUUAGGGAUAUACGUAUUGAUGUCCUUUCCCGUCUGCGACAUCCACUUUUCCUUGACGCCUUGAAUUGUCCCAGUGAAUUUUCCUUGUGGAACGAAGCUGACAAGCUUGACGGACAAAUGCCUUCCGGAAUUGAUAUGGAAUCUUUUACAAGGUGA